AUGGAGGCUCUCCCUGCCUUUCUGGGUGGCAGUCCAGCAGCCAAGAGGGUAGUGGUGUACCGGAAUGGGGACCCCUUCUCCCCAGGCCACCAGCUGGUGGUGACUCAACACGGCUUCCCCACCCUGCAGACCUUCCUCUGUGAUGUGACAUCGGCUGUGCAGGCCCCACUGGCCGUGCGUGCUCCCUACACGCCUUGUCACGGCCACCCUGUCACCGACCUGGCCGACCUGCAGGACGGAGGGCAGUAUGUGGCUGCUGGCUUUGAAUGAUUCUGCAAGCUCCCCUCUUUACACCCUAGAGGGGAGGAUCCAGGUGGGAAGAGCAGCAGACUACCAGGCCCUCCUGUGAUUCAGUAGCCAUGUGGUGGGGCCCUUGGACAGCGGCUACCUGCAGGUUCCCCCUGCUGUAUCCAUGUGUUCAGGAAUGGGGACCUGUUAAGCCCCCCAUUUAGCCUGAAGCUGUCCCAGGCUGCCAGCAAGGACUGGGAAGCAGUGUUGAAACUCCUGACUGAGAAGGUGAAAUUACAGAGCGGGGCUGUGCGCAAACUCUGCACCCUGGAUGGGCUCCCACUGUCAGCAAGGGAGGCUCUGGUGAGUGGCUAUUACUAUGUGGCUGUCAGAGGGGGGUUCAAGACCCUCCCCUAUCUGGCCCAUGGCCACAGAGCAUGGGCAACCCAGUCCUCUCCAAAGGAAGCCAGGCAAAUUGAGCCAUCUGCUUUUUAUGCCAGCCCCCAGCAAGCUUUUCAGCAUGCUCCCCACUCUCUACUUCCCACAUCAGGAGUCAAGGGAGUGUAUGGGGCUCCCCAUGCAAGGACGGAGACAGCAGGGGCCCAGGGAGUAGCUCAUGAUGAAGCCACCUGGACAGAGGAGCCCCUGGAUCAGAGGGCAGCACAGGCAGUGGAAGAGGCCCUGAUCCCGGACAGCCGGCGAGCUGGGGCAGCUCUCUCGGCCUCGGCUCCCGCUCCGCCAUCUUGA